CAGGAAGUGGGAACGAUAUCGCAUAGAGUGAAAGCUCUUGCAGUACUCCACUGUCUGGACAAUAUUGAAAGUCUGGCGGAGUCAGUAUUAACGUUAGUGUUUUUACGCAAAGAGAAAUUCAACCAAAUAGAAGAUUAAUGUCAUUUGGUGGAACGCAAAACGGCGGGCGUCGUAGUAAAUGGGACCAGCCGGGCCCAGGUCCUGGUUCAGACCAGAUGGGGGAGGCGGAGGCGGCUCCUACAGGGGCUCUGGACGCUGCAGCUGCUGUGGCAGCUAAGAUCAACGCCAUGCUGGUAGCCAAGGGCAAGCUCAAGCCCUCCCAGAUAGGACCCUCUGGACCAUCUGGACCCCCAGACAAGGUUGUGGGUGCAGGGAAGCCCCAGCCUCCUAUGAAAGCGAAGGAUGACCUGGUGGUGGCGGAGGUGGAGAUCAACGACGUUCCUCUCCCCUGCCGGAACCUGCUGACCCGCGGACAGACACAGGACGAGAUCAGCAAAGUGAGCGGUGCUGCUGUGUCCACCAGGGGGCGAUACAUGGCAGCAGUGGAGAAGUACAAGGCUCCACAAGGGGACCGACCCCUCUAUCUUCACGUCCAGGGCCAGACCAGGGAGCUUGUCGACAGAGCUGUGAACCGCAUCAAGGAGAUCAUCACUAACGGAGUGGUGAAGGCGGCCACCUCCUCCUACAGCGGAACCGGAGCCACAGUCCCAGUCUACCAGCAACACAAACCCCAGCCCCCCUCACUGCCCCCCAUCAACCACCAUCACAGACCACACUUUCAGUCUGGGAUGCACUAUGUGCAGGAAAAGUUGUUUGUGGGUUUGGAGCAUGCCAUCCAGGGCUUCUCGGUGAAGGAGAGGGUGGAAGGGCCAGGCAGCUCCUACCUGCAGCACAUCCAGGGUGAGACUGGGGCCAAGGUCUUCCUCAGGGGGAAGGGAUCAGGCUGUCUGGAGCCUGCCUCUGGGCGAGAGGCCUUCGAACCGAUGUACAUCUACAUCAGUCAUCCCAAACCAGAGGGCCUUGCUGCAGCUAAGACCCUGUGUGACAACCUGCUGCAGACGGUUCAUGCAGAGUAUUCUGUCUUCCUCAACCAGAUGAGUGUCAUGAUGCCUACUCCCGGCUUUAUGCAGCCCCCCAUGGCCAACGGGAUGCCCCCCCAGCCCCCUUACUACCCGCCAUCGGGGUACCAGCCCAGCUACCCCCUCCCUGUACCUCCCCCCCUCAGCCCAUUCCUCCCCCUAUGCUGUCCCCUUCCCAUUCCACCUGGGGUGCCCGCCGGUCUCCCCCACCCAAAUGCAUUGCAUCCAAGUUGUUUUUUUCCCUUCUUUUUUUGUCCCCAGACUCUCCCACCUUCUCCUUUCCCACCCGCUGCUCCGGUUCCGCCCAAAGCUCCGCCUCCUGUAGUCUUAGCCAAUCCGCCGCAGAAAAGACGCUUCACGGAGGAGGUGCCAGACGAGAGUGACAGCGGUCUGCUGGGAUACCAGCAUGGACCCAUUCAUAUGACUAAUUUAGGUGCAGGCUUCCCUGUGGGCAGCCCCGGCCCAGAGGCUUCAGGACCCCCGCCACCAAGUUCCUCCGGGCCGCCGAGGGAGAGGGACAGCAGUAGGCAGCUGAUGCCUCCACCACCCAUUCCAACUCUCCUUUCUCCCUCAUUCCUCCCUCUUUCUCCCACUGUUUUUCCCUCUCUCUCAUCUCUCUCAGAUCCCUCAGUGAAGAGGAUGAAGACGGGGCUCGUGGCGUAUGCUGGUGACUCCUCGGACGAAGAGGAGGACCACUCCACCCCCAAAACCUUGGGGGCAGGUAACCAUGGUAACGUCGCUGGGGCAACCCACUCCACCCCCACGUCAUCCUCGGGCUGGACUCUGGGGUACCGCUGCCCCCCUCCGCCUCCCCAACGUGCCAAAACACAGCAGGCACAGUCACAGCAGCCCAUGCCCUUCUGGAUGGCUCCAUAACACAGGAGUAUUAAACCUCAUACUCCAUCCCCUGACACCUAGGGCCUUUUGGAGGGUCCCAAAAUGAAGAUUGUACAUCCCAAACUGAGCCCUCUUCCCCUUUCCCCUGAACCAUCACUCCUACCUGCUCUUCCACUUGAUAUAAUUUAUUUUGUGAUGACUUAGAUUUCGUUAAAACAGUUUUGUCAUGCGCUCAGCAGUAAAGCAGUGUGUGUGUGUGUAAAAUGGACUUAACAGACCGGCUGGCUAAUACUAAGAGAGCAGACUGAACCAGCCAACCAGGCACAACCAGGAUACUGACAGACUGGAUACAUGGUGACAAGCAGCAAGAUGCCCCAGACUUCCACACAGAUUCAAGUGUACUCUGAACUCUGUAUAGGAGAGACAGCUGAGGAACAGACACAAAUGGAGGGUAAUAGUACCCUGUUUUUGGUUGAUUUGGAAUGUGUCCACUCCUUUUACUAGUGUAGAAAAGCACUGAGGUAGAAGAGAUUUCAAUGCAUUCUAAGUUAUUUCUUUGUCAAAAAAUAUAUUUCCCCAUCUCCAUUUUCUUUUUUGGUCCAAAUCUUAAUCAAAUCUCUCUCUUCCUUGAGUACAGAUCAUAUAAAUAUGCUUAUUGGACUUUUAUAAAAUGCAAUUGACUCAACUGUUCUAAUGCUUUUGUGGAAUAAAUGAGCAUUAUCUCUGUG